AUGGCCGAUUACGCAAAACUCCCAGCCGGUGCAACACUCGAUAUCAAGCCGUUCGAGGCUCGCGUUGACGAUGAAAAGUUGCAACAUUUCAAGAAUUUGCUGGAGCUUUCGCCAAUUGCUCCUGCGGUGUUUGAGAACACCAAUGCUGGCCGAAAGUAUGGCAUGAAGAGGGUUUGGCUUGAAAACGCUAAGAAGGUGUGGCUCAAUGAAUUCGAUUGGCGGAAACACGAAGAUCGAAUCAACUCUUUUCCAAACUUCAAGGCUUCGGUCAAGGAUACAGAGGGCAACAUGAUCCAAAUGCAAUUUCUAGCUCUGUUUUCUGAGAAGGUCGAUGCCAUUCCAAUUGCUUUCUUUCACGGCUGGCCAGGCUCCAUCUGUGAAUUCCUGGAUAUGCUGGACAUAUUGAAAGAACGAUAUUCUCCGGAGGACUUGCCAUACCACGUCAUCGUCCCUUCGCCUCCGGGCUAUGCCUUUUCGUCUGGAUUCGGCUCGGGAUACUUGGCCCAGGGCGGCGACCUUGGCAGUUUCAUGAGUCGGUUGCUUGUGAUGAACUACGAUGCGUGCAAAGGCAUGCACGUGAAUAUGAUGGGUAUGCCGCCACUGGAGAGCUCAGACGCAAUUCCAAGAGACGACGAGGAGAAGAGAGCAUUACAAAGGGCCACCGAAUUCAUUGAUACGGCAUAUGCAUUUGCACUCGAGCAAGGCACAAGACCGGCCACGAUCGGCCUGACCCUGAGUGCUAGUCCACUGGCACUGCUUAGUUGGAUUGGAGAGAAAAUUCUCGAAUGGACGGACGAAGAUCCUCCGCUUGACAAGAUUCUCGAAGGCGUAACAUUGUAUUGGUUGACGGAUACUGUACCACGAUGUUUCUACCAUAAUCGCGCGCUGGCUAACGCAGAUGACAAGCCAAAGAUUGCAAGGAUUAGUGUGAUCACGAAACGGACAGCGCUGAACCUUCCACAUGUCGAGAAACCUUGCGGCUACUCGAUGUUUGCUCAUGAGAUCAUCCCAAUUCCCAAGAGAUGGGCGGCCCUGACUUGUAACCUUGUGUCAUUCAAUCAGCCCGAGAGGGUUGGUCAUUUCGCGGCUAUGGAGAAACCAAAUGAGCUGCUCACAGACGUCGGGGAGUAUAUCAAGAAAGCCUGGAAAGCCAUUUAG